UGAAACUUCACCUAGUGGCUCAAGGUGUAGAGGGGUCCUGAGGGAGCUGUGGAGGAGAGGAGGGGUCUGAGGGAACAGAUCCGGCGUCUUCUCGCUUCCUUGAAAAAGAACGGUCUUCUUUGCCUAGUUCUCAGCCCUGUGUAGGGAGCUGUGAAUGGUGGUGGUGGCGGCUUCCGUUUGUUCGUCAUUGUGAGGGCUUGGAGGGGCCUGUGAUGCCUUAAAAUUGAUUCCUUAAAUUCCAGGGAGCUAUUCCAGUCGUCAUUGUCUCGGAAAGAUUCUGACCAUCAACCUUUACUGAUAAAGGAAGUUGGCUGAUGGACUGCCUGGUUCAGAAAGGAAGAAGGCUGAAGCUGUGUUGAUCAGUAACUUUGGUGAAGGCUGAGAGAGUUGAAACGAAUUUGCAGAUGACAUACAACUUCUAAGCAUUCCAUAUUGGAAGAAGAGAUUUAUAUAGAUGAAAAAAAUGCCUUUGUUUAGUAAAUCACAUAAAAAUCCAGCAGAAAUUGUGAAAAUUCUGAAAGACAACUUAGCCAUUUUGGAAAAGCAAGACAAAAAGACAGAAAAGGCUUCAGAAGAAGUAUCGAAAUCACUUCAAGCAAUGAAAGAAAUUCUGUGCGGUACAAAUGACAAGGAACCCCCAACAGAAGCUGUGGCUCAACUAGCACAAGAACUCUACAAUAGUGGGCUGCUGGUGACAUUGAUAGCUGACCUACAGCUGAUAGACUUUGAGGGUAAAAAAGAUGUGACCCAGAUAUUUAACAACAUCCUGAGAAGACAGAUAGGCACUCGAUGUCCUACUGUGGAGUACAUUAGUGCUCAUCCUCAUAUCCUGUUUAUGCUCCUCAAAGGAUAUGAAGCCCCACAGAUUGCCUUACGUUGUGGAAUUAUGCUGAGAGAAUGUAUUCGACAUGAACCACUUGCCAAAAUCAUCCUCUUUUCUAAUCAAUUCAGAGAUUUCUUUAAGUAUGUGGAGCUGUCAACAUUUGAUAUUGCUUCAGAUGCCUUUGCUACUUUUAAGGAUUUACUAACCAGACAUAAAGUAUUGGUAGCAGACUUCUUGGAACAAAAUUAUGACACUAUUUUUGAAGACUAUGAGAAAUUGCUUCAAUCUGAGAAUUAUGUGACUAAGAGACAGUCUUUAAAGCUGCUAGGUGAACUGAUCCUGGACAGACACAACUUUGCCAUUAUGACAAAGUACAUCAGCAAGCCAGAGAACCUCAAACUGAUGAUGAACCUCCUUCGAGAUAAAAGCCCCAACAUUCAGUUUGAAGCCUUUCAUGUCUUUAAGGUGUUUGUGGCCAGUCCUCAUAAAACACAGCCUAUUGUGGAGAUUCUGUUAAAAAACCAGCCCAAACUCAUUGAGUUUCUGAGCAGCUUCCAGAAAGAAAGGACGGACGAUGAGCAGUUCACUGAUGAGAAGAACUACUUGAUUAAACAGAUUCGAGACUUGAAGAAGACGGCCCCUUGAGGUCUCACCCAGUUCCCUGCCACAGCCACCGUCUCGUGUUUAGUUUGUACAAGAAGUGUUGUUUCAUAAAGUAAUCACUCUUGGGAAGGCUUUUGGGGUGCCUAUUUUUUCUCAAUUUAUUUUUCAGGGUAGAUGGAUAUAAGCAUUUAAAUAAAAAAAAAAAUAACCUAGAAUAAUAGAUUCACUUUAAUCAAGGCUGUGAUUAUGUGAAAUUAGAGCCAUUGUAUUAGAAGUUGAUCAAAGCAACUGUAACCCUUUGUGGAUGAGAGGCAGCUGGGCCAUGGGCUUGCAGGCCUGGGCUUUCAGUCCCCAUGAGCCCUAAGGAAGAGCCCCAGUGAUGGGUCACGGAGUCCUCACAGGACUAAACUCUCAGAGCAGAGCUGGGCAUGGGCACGGAAGGCAUGGGACUAUUUUACUUAUCUGCACUGAGGCAGAUUUGUUAAGGCUCUGAAAGAUCUGAGAAAAUAAUGCUCAUGUUUUCAGUCAUUACAUAUUCUUGUUCCCUGCCCAUAUCUUUUAACUCUAAUUCAUAGUUCCUGACUUCCUAGGAAACUGAUGUCCACCUCCCUGCUCAGCCCUCCUUUCUGCUCACUAUCCCACAGUUCAUCCCAAGGGAUGUCCUCAGCAUGCCUGACUCCUGGACCCCUCACUCCACCCUGUGGUAGGGAGAGCACAGAACCAAGGACUUACAGGGGCACAGGGGCAUCGAGGUCCCAUGUGGUGUGACCUGCUCACUGGAGAACUUGGAACGGAUAGUUAAGAACCGCAGUUCUAGCUAUAGUCAUUGAUGUGUCAUACUGACUUCUAUAGCAUUCAUAAAUGUUUUGGAAUGUUUCAUUCAUAGUUCUUAUUAUGGGAAAAUUGUUUUGUGGUGAAAGUGUAUUUCAGAGUAGGAAUCAUUGCAUCAGGAUGCGUAGCACGUUUAAAACUAUGGGCCAGAGGGUAGCACAGGCCUUUAAACCACUUCUAUAAAUAAAGGAGCAGUGCCAUUGGGAGGGCAGAAAAUGCAUGAAAAAUUGUCAAAUGACUAAAGACAUUGUUUAGUUUGUUUUCUAAUAAGCUGUCACUCCUAAUUUCCCAUUAAAGUAUUCAGUGAAAAGGUAGAAAAUAUUGGGUGUUAUGUUCUUCAACCAGAUGUCUCUCCACCCAGAGAGGGAAUGAUCCCUCAGGAUCAGUGCCCUCUGUAGAUUUUGCAUCUGAACAAUUACCUGGCAGGGUUUCACCCAUCUUGGCUAGGACACAAGUUCAUGUUCUGUGUGCAGCAUGGAAUCUUGAGGCAGAUGGUGUGGGACCUAUGGGACCUUCUGGUAGCCGCUCUGGCCAACACGUGGGAGGGUCAGCCACAGCCCAUCUGAUGCCCUUCAUUAGUCACCGAGGUCUGAUUACUUUUAUAAUGUUCCCAGACAGUCAAAAGUCUCUUAGAGUUUGUCUUUUCUGGCUUUCUAAUUUAAUUAAAAGAGAUAACUAUAUUUUAAAAAACAAAGGCACAAUAACCAUUGGAAAUGUAUUAAAUACUGUCCCACAUCAUGGGACAUGUGUUUUCAGUUGCAAAACAAAGCCUUGGUAUAAUCCUUUUUUGAUAUAUAAAACAUUUUAUUUUCUCUGGGUUUGAAUUAGCUCUUUCCUAGCAACCUUUAUCCUAGUUUAGUGCCUGUCAGACAAAACUUGAGUGUUGAGAGACAAUGGAUGAAGGAGCUGGGUUUUGCUGUAAUACAGAUUUGUAAAGUACUCAUGUGAAAGAGGGAGCAGGAGGGUCACGGUCAAAAUAUGCUUGCACAGAAUUCACUGUAAAUAUUGUGAGAACUGAAUUUUGAAAAGGUCAUAUUUAAUAAACUAUUUCAAAAGCACACAUUUAAAAUAAAG